CUCGGACAUUGUUAAUUUUAUUUCAAGCAAAGUCCUGACUCAGUCUCUUCUUCUCAGUCACUCUCUCUCUUUACACAAUGCGUGCUGCUGUUUCUGCUGCUCUCGUUCUCGUCCUCGCUGCGGCUGUCUCUGCCCAAGUGCCCAUCCCAUCGCGCCCCGAUGGCUUUGCGUACGCCAACGGCUCGCCUGCCGCGCCGCUCCAAAUCGACCUCUUUGUCGACCUGCUCUGCCCCGACUCGCAGGCCAUCUGGCCCACCCUCAAGCAAGUCGCUGAUCACUACGGCGCUCCCACCCUCCGUCUUGUUACUCACAUCUUCCCGCUGCCCUACCACCACAACGCCUACUAUGCCGCUCAGGGCACCCAAGUCGUCGCUGCUGCUAACGUGAACGCCGUCUACAAGUGGCUCGACGCUGUGUUUGCCGCCCAGGACAGCUUUGAGGACGACCCCACCGUCAACCUGACCUCCAACCAGGUCAUCAACAUGUACGCUGCCCUCUCCCAGACGAUCGGCGUCCCCGCUGCCGUGUUCCUGAAGGGCAUGGACAGCGACGACACUGACGAGAGCGCCCGCAUUGCCUGGAAGUACGGCUGCACCCGUGGCGUUGCCGGCACCCCCUGGUUCUUUGUCAACGGCAUCAGCGUCGCCGCCUCGUCUGCCUGGUCUGUCUCGGACUGGGUUUCCGUUCUCGACCCCCUGCUCAACAGCUCCAUCACCCGCUGUGACUCGACCCACCGCAUUCGCUACGGCAGCCUCGUCACCGACUGCCCCGCCGGCGAGAUCGUUUGCAACUUCCUCCCCGGCCAGUCCCAGUGCUGCCUUGCUGGCGAGAACUGCGUCCCCAACGUUGGCUGCCGCUGCUAACGACUUUGCUGCACAGUGUUUGUGGUGUUUUGCAUGUGUCUUGUUACACUGCCUUGUUGCAACAAACAAACGUUUUUCUUCGUUCACGU